AUGUCCACCGUACUCGAAUUUAUUGGGACUUUGCCUACCUAUUCGGCCAUUCGCCUAUGCAAAGUCACCGAAGAAGCGAGGCUUCCGCCGUUUGAUGGUUUGUCUGGUUACGAAAGGUACAAAUGUACAGUCAUUGAUUCUAUCAAGCCAUGGCAGAAUUGCAAAGCCUCAGCGAAGAUCACCUUCCAUGUCGUUCUGGAUUCCAAUACAGAUCCAUUUCAAGGAGUUUUGCCCAGCUUUGUGAAUAUUAUAAAAGUGCCGCAAUCCUUCCAACCUAAACUUGCCAAGUAUAAGGGAAGGGCGUUGGAAUGGUGUCGACAGCACUGGGAGUUAUCAGAGUCGGAUUGGAUAUUACAUCUGGAUGAGGAAACACAGAUCGAUGAUUACCUUAUCAAUGCUUGUCUUGACUUUAUUGAAAGGGGAACAGAAGACUUCGGAAUGGGGACGAUCUAUUACACCACCCACAAUUACUGGGAAAGCUCUUUCUUGACCACUGAUGAGGUCUCCAGAGUGGCAGAAGACUUUGGUCGCUUCCAACUUCCCGUUCGGCUAUUCAGACAACCAUUAUUUGGAUGCAUUCAUGGCUCGUUUCUUCUUAUUAACGGGUUAGUGGAAAACGAGAUCACUUGA